UAUAUGUAAAAAGAUAUGUAAAGUUUCUAAUCAAAUUAUUUUAAGUUACUAAAUGUUUUAUAUUUUUUUUUAAGAACCUAUUGGCGCUACAAUCGCUAAUAGAUUGAUCCUGUAUAUGUUCAUGUCAAGUAUAAAUUGUAAAUAUCCUAACGCGUUUAUAUUUACAUUGAAUAAAAGUUAUUGUUUACAUCAAGAAAAACUAUUGUUGAAAAAAAAAAAAAUACUAUUUCUUAUUUAUGUCAUUAUGAUCAAGAAUUAUCAAAGACAAAAUAUGCUAAUAUAACCAAAUAAUAUGUUUUAAAUUGAAUAAAAAUAUAAUUCUUAUUAAAGCAAUGCUUAUUAUAGCAUAAAAUAAUAAUAUCUUAACAAAAAAUGGAAGAUAUGGAAUACAGCGAAGAAGAAGAGUCGGAAGAAAGAAAUGUUAUUCCUGAAAGGCUUCCUUCACCCAUUGAAAAUGUAUCUGAAGAAAAUGUAUUACCGUCUAAUAAUGAAGAAAAUGAUUCAAGUACUGAUACUGUUGCUGAUAGUUUAAUUAAUGAGCCAAUUACAAAAUGUCAAAAAAUCUCUGUGACAGAAGAAUCUUCAGCAGAUAAUAAUGAGAAUACGGAUGAUUCUGAUCAAUCGUGUCCAAUUUGUAUGGAAUUAUGGACAACGACUGGUGAACAUCGUUUGUGCUGCUUACGUUGUGGACAUUUAUUUGGACACAGUUGCCUUUUAAGGUGGUUACAGGUUUCUUGUACAUCUUCAAAUCGAAGAUGUCCUCAAUGUAAUAGAAAAGCUGCUGUAAAAGAUGUUAGGAUGUUAUAUGCUAAAAAAUUGAUAUGCAUUGAUACCUCUGAACUGGAAACAAUGAAAAAUCAAUUGUCAACUGUAACAGCAGAAAAAAAUCGUAUCGAAGCAGAAUUAUCAAAAAGCAAUCUUCGACAAAAGUUAUAUGAACAACAAUUGACUACUAUGAAAAGUCGUAUUGCUGAGCUUCAAAGUCAACUCUCUACCACAAAAAGUGAUUUUAAUCGUUGUCAAAGUAUGUCAACAAAUACAAACACAAAAUUUCAUCUUGAAAAUUCUUUAGAGAUAUGUAAAGAGGAUGGAUGCCGUGUAUUAGAUUACAAUCAUUGGUAUGGAUUAUUGGCCGUUUCACAAAAAUCAGGAAAUUCAUUAUUCGCAGGAUAUGGUGUAAAAAAAAUAGAUGUCGAGAACUUUGUACCACGUCAAUUUCUAUUCCUUCAUUCUCAAGCUAUAAGAGACAUUAGUUUUCAUCCCUCGCAACAAUCUGUACUUCUAAGUGUUGGCUUUGACAAAAGUGCUAAAUUAAUUGAUAUCCAAAGCAAUACUAUAAUGCACUCAUAUACAACAGAUUUUACAUUAUGGAGUUGCUGCUGGUCAGGUGAUGAUUCUAAUAUUUUUUUCGCUGGUGCUCAAAAUGGAUCGAUAAUGCAAUUUGAUAUUAGACAAACAUCGACUCCCGUUGAUCUUUUAGAAAGUUCUACUGAUAGAUCACCUGUUAUUUCUUUAGCAACAGUACCUGCAUAUGCAGGAAGUGGAAUUAGCAGAGGUGGAUUUAUAGCGUGUCGUUUAAACAGUUGUAACGCGUACGAACUAAAGGAAUCUACAUAUAUAUCAAAAGAAAUGAAUUUACAAGGUCCUUUUGUCUCUGUACGUUAUGAUAAAAAAAAUAAUCACGCUCUUAUAUCUUGUCGACCUAACGAACGAUUACCUCAAGCAAGACAUAUUGUAUGUUCUAUUGAAAAAGGAAAUGAUGAAAUGGUUUUAUGCAAUAUUGUACAUACAUUUAAUGCUGGGAAUUCUCAACGUCUUUUGUCACGUCCUUGUCAUGUAUCUGUAGAAAACGAUACGCUAAUUGCUGUCCACCAAGAAUCUAUUAGUAGUAUUCCAUUUUGGAGUACGUCAACUGGCAAUCAAGUGCAUACACUUCCAGUAUCUGAUCCAAUCAUAGAUAUGUGUUCUUUCAAAAUUAAUGACAAUGUAUAUUUAGCAACUCUUUCUGCAAGAAAACUUAGAAUGUACAAACAUAACUCCUUGUGACAAUGAUACUUUUGCUAACUAUUAUUACUUAUUAGUCAGUUACCUUAUUUGUGAUCUAUUGGAAACAUAAUUUAAAAAUAUUACAUGUAAAUAUUUACUUUGAAUGUAAUAAUAACUUAUGAAUCUACUAAGUAAAAUGAUUAAGGAACUAUAAAUAUAUAUUUUAAUACCUAUUUUAUACAAUAUUGUAUUCUACCUAUAAUAUUGUUUACAAAUCUUCUGCAGCAAAAAGAAUUUUGCUCAAAUACAAUAAUAUAAAGACAAAAGAUAUAACUAACCAAUUGUUAGUAUUUUUUCCUAAAUUGAUUAGAUAUAAAGUGGAAGUAAGUCAUGUUAAAAAUUAAAAAUAAGAGAUCUACUUGAACAAGGAUUCUUACUUUGGUUUAAUUGAAUUGACAUGCGUUUGAAAAGAGAACGAUAUUCGAUACAAUUGACUCAAUAUUACAUAAAGUUGAGAAAUUCAAUUGUAUACUACAUAUUUAAUAUUUUCUCAUAUAUAAUAUAAAAUUUGUUUGUUUUAUUUUUUCUUUUUUCAUCGAACUCGUAUAGUAAAAAGAAGCAUUAACAAAAUUUAAUAAGGAUUUUAUAAAUCAAUUUCUCGUGUAACAUAAAAAUUUGUUUAAAUAAAUUUUUUAACUAAAUAGUAUGAAAUUUUACAAUCUGUGUUUGUUUGCAAAAUAUUUUUCCAUAUUGCAAGAUUUUGUAAUGCAUAUUCAAUGCAUUUAUAAUAUAUAUUUUUGAAUACGUUUUGAAUAACAUAAUUAAAAGUAAUGAAUAAAUGCAGUGGUUGUCUGAAUCUGGAAUGUCAAUCACUAAAUUUGAAUAUAAAAUAAUAUUUCUAUGUGCAUAUGAGGUGAUGAAGAAUCAGGUCAUUGUCCAUAACCCAACACCAGAAAUGUACAAAAUGUAAAUAUUAACAAUAUGGUAUUUAAGUGUAUGAACGUUUUUAUAAAUACAAUCUAACAUUAUUAAAUCUUCAUCUAUUUCAGUAACAUACAUUCCGAAUCUAAUCACAUUACACUUCUAUAUGUUUUAAGAAAAGAAGUGUAGGGAAAUAAUAUUGAAGAUCAAAAAAACAUGUUUUCUGUCUUGAUAUAUGUUCUUAUAUAAGAAGCAUCGUAUCAUAUAUUGACUUCUGUAACAUAAACCAAUAUAUAUCAGGUACCGUUCUACAAGAGAUUUCACUACAGUACCGAGAAAAAUUUCUUUAAGUUUACUUGCUUAUAAAGAAAAAACAAAUAUAUGCAAAGUAUAAUUAAUAUCCUGAUCUAUAAAAUUUAUAAACGGAGAAUAAAGAAAAGAAGACGUAUAUGUUUGUGUUUGUUUUGUGUACAACAUAAAAUUAAAAGAAAUACACACUCAACCAUUCAAAACAUUAAUCGUUCUGAAACAUCGUACAAUUAAAAAAAAAAAAAAAAAAAAAAAAAAAAA